AUGUCUAAGUCAGGCAAACAUGGGUACAUCAUGGCUGGAGAGCACUGUUACCUCAGCGUUUACGAUAUUCCUGUUUCAGGAAUCAGUGAUAGAAAGGUUGUCGUUCAACUCUCCGCGAAAAUGGACUACCUGCUACGCUUUGCAGAGUUGGAAAAGCAAAGGCAGGAUGAAAAUACAAUACGUGUGUAUAUUGACGAGAUCAACGACAUGCCUGUAUUCCCAGAAAUUCUCCAAAGUCACUACGCUUGGAGUUUUGGAGUCAAUCCAAGCCUGUACAGCAAUGGUACGGAGUCUCGAAGACUCAUGUCUCUAUGGAGGUCUGGUGCCUAUCAGAGUAGAUGGUAUGUGGUUGAAGGGAUUCACAUUAGGAACUGCGGAUUUUUCUAUCACGCUGCGAAUUGA